UAGCCAAUCGUGUUUUUCAGAGGGCUUAUGUGACGUAGUGUGGUUUCACUGCGCUUUGUACCUUUUUGUGGGCAGAGGGAGUGUUCGACAGUAAGGAAAGGUUUAAGAAUUCACGAAAUUAACUAAAAAUAUCAUCAUAUUAGAAGACUAAUCAAGAGGGCUGCACCAUGGGAGAACCCCAGCAGGUCAGCGCCCUCCCGCCCCCGCCCAUGCAGUACAUUAAGGAGUACACCGAUGACAACGUGCGCAAAGGCCUGGUCCCCAAGCCCCCGCCCCCCAUACGGGACAGCUACAUGAUGUUCGGCAACCAGUUCCAGUGCGACGACCUGAUCAUCCGGCCGCUGGAGAGCCAGGGCAUCGAGCGCCUGCACCCCAUGCAGUUCGACCACAAGAGGGAGCUGAAGAAGCUCAACAUGUCCAUCCUGGUGAACUUCCUGGACCUGCUGGACAUCCUGAUCAAGAGCCCGGGCAGCGUGCGGCGGGAGGAGAAGCUGGAGGACCUGAAGCUGCUGUUCGUGCACAUGCACCACCUGAUCAACGAGUACCGUCCCCACCAGGCGCGCGAGACUCUGCGCGUGAUGAUGGAGGUGCAGCGGCGGCAGCGGCUGGAGACCGCAGAGCGCUUCCAGAAGCACCUGGAGCGCGUGCUGGAGAUGAUCCAGGGCUGCCUGGCCUCGCUGCCCGACGACCUGCCCCAGGCCGAGGGUCCCGCCGCGGGGAGGCCGGGGGCCGCCAGGGCCCCCCGCCCCGAGCCCAUGGACCUGGAGGAGGCGGGGGGUGGGGGCUCCGCAGGGGGGGUGCAGGACAGGACCACCGCGCCCCCGCCUAAGAGGGACAAGCUGUGGGACAAAGACGUGGCCAUGUGCAGUAUCAUUGAUGAGAUGACCUGAGUCCACUUUUAAGGUUUUCUGUUCUGUUUUUUCUGUUUUGUGGAACGUGAGCGUUAUGUACGGCUCCAUCUUUGUGUUUGCCUCAUGGCUUCUCUCUGCGAUUUUGCUGUGAAACGUGUACAUAAUUCUUAAGUGAGAAUAAAGGGCUGUAAAUUGAG